AUGUAUGGCGCGACACCUCUGUUGAACCUCACCUGGCAAAACUUUUAUCCCUGCGAGCUUCGACCGCAACAAGUUGCGGCUCGAUUAGAAUUUGUCCAAAUUUUCCUCGAGGCAAUGGCCGCAUCCAACGCUUGGGGUGAUCUGACACCUGAAGAACUCGAAGAAUUCGAGCAAACUCGAUGCUCAGAUACGAAACUCGACUCCUUGGCGUGUAAACUUGAGUGCUCUUUGCACGAAAUGUUGCUUUGCCUCGACGAUUUCUUCUUCUUUGGGGCCUUGAAGAGACACCCCCACAAGCCAGCCCACAGUAAUGACGAGACUUCCAAGUACUCACACGUACACUUGAUGACGGGCUUCGGUAUUUUGAAAGGCGAGGUUGCGGACUGUUUCGCAGAAUCCAGGCCUCGUUACAACUCUGACAGGUGGUUUGCGGAGAUUUGUCUCUAUCCCAAGAUAGGUGACCCCAAGAUUCCAGGCAGUGAGGUCGAGCGCAUCUCGUUUGCAGAAAACGUUGCGUCUCUGAUUCAUGAGAUGGUACACGCCUACAUCCAAAUGUUUGUUUGUCAGCGUCCUCAGUGCGAAAGGAAUUUGCUAGACACGGCAGGCCUUAGUGGCCACGGUCCAAUAUUCAUGAAGCUGCAUACAUUGAUUGUGGAAACUGUUCGGGCCUGGCAUACUUCCCUAGAGUAUGUGGAUCAGAAUAGGUGCUAUCCGGGCACUGGAUUUGACCUAUGGAGCCACAUCACUGAACACGAAGCCAUUGAAGCUUAUGGCAAAGCAGGUAAACUUGGUCGAUUUCUUCCUCUCAAUGCGGAUAGUCCCCACACGCUCAUUCGGAUCGUCAAAGAAGAACUCCCCAAUAGAGAGUGUAUAUACAACGUGGUCUGUCGACAGCCCGCGUCUAACACGCGACAGCAGGUCGAUCCAGAAGCAGAAUUCGUAGUCGAUGAGGACGAUGACGACUAUGACGACGAUGAGGAAUAUCAGAACGAUGGGGAUGAUGACGACGAUAUAGAUGACUUGUAG